ACUCCCGUUCCGGGUACUGGCCGUGUGGCCAAACAACUCGCGCGCCCCCCGCUUCGACAAGCGGACGGAAGUGAAUAAGAUAAACAUAUGCAAGUGCGUCACAUUUGUCAAAUCGCCAUUUUGUUUAAAUCGCAGUAAGCAGUGAACAACUCGCCGCAGCGCCUGCUUUGGCGAUGUGCGGCAACUGUCAAAAGCAACGGUCGGCUCCACAGUGAACAAGUCGAACUUUCGAAGGAACCGUGUAAAACUCCGUGUGUCCGAAGAUGGAUGUGGAUCGGCUCAAGUGUAAACGCUGCGGAAAGUAUCCCGACGGUGACGUAGUGGAGUGUGCGACGAAGGCGCACAUUGUUUGCGUUUCUUGUACGGGCCCCUCCCAACCGCCGCUCUGCCUGUGUGGUGCUCGGCUGAGCGACCAGCGCCGGAUGAACCCGAUCGAGCAGUUGCUGCAGCAGGCCAAAAGCGCUUGCCGGUACGAGCGGAGCGGAUGCACCUGGAAGUUUACGGCGUCGGAAAUGGACGCGCACGCCGGGGAGUGCAAGUUCCGACCGUACCGCUGCAUCGCGUCCACACUGAACGUGCUCCGGUGCGAAUGGAUUGGGUUGCAGCACGAAAUCGAACAGCAUCUGGUCGAGGGCCACAAGGAGCUGGGCCCGGUCUUCCGCUUCCGCGAGUCCACGUCGAUGGUGUUCCGCGAAGCGCUGUCACUGGGCGGCCUGAAGCUGGUCGAUGCGUUCAGUAAACACUUUCUGUUCCACUUCUUUUCCGACGUCGAGAAGGCCACCCUCAGCUUCAUCAUGAUCUACUUUGGGCGCCGCGAAGAAGCGGACCAGUACUGCUUCGACUUCGAGGUACGCUCCUUGCCGGCCGUCACAUCGACCACUGGCGCGGACAGCGAGGGCACGGUUGACCCACCGGACGGUGGGCUCGUGCGGAGCGUAAAGUUUGUCGAGCGCUGCUACUCGGACGCCGAGAAUUUGACCGAACUGAUCGAGGACGAGCGCUGUGUGGCCCUUUCGCACCGUCAGGUGCGCAACUAUCUGCACCGGGGUAAACUGUACUUUAGCUUCCGGGUCCGGCGGGCGGAUUCAGCGCGGGGCGAUCGUACCGUGUCGGAAUCGUCCACCGCUUCCGACCCAUCGCAGGCCGUUCCGGCGACGAAAGGCAAACCGCGGCCACCGCCGCUCAAGUUUACCGACAAGGGCAAAGUGCGGUCCGGUGGUGGUGGUGUUCCUGCUGCUCCUUCCGGUGGCUCCUCCUCGUCGUCCGGAUCGAGGGCAAGCUCGGCGGCCAGCGUGAAGGCGGGUGAUACGAGCGGCUCAUCGGUAGUGCCGAGUUCGGGCGUGUCCCGUUCACCAUCAUCCGCCUCGACGAUUACGGUCUGUUCGGAGCACCCCUCGGCGACGGGACAAGUCGUGGCCGGUGUCAGCUCGAACUCGUCCUCUUCGAUCAAUCGGGUGAUCGUCACCGGGCACUACUCGCCGUUUGAGCGCCCGGAACACAGCCCCCUGAUGACGCCCUCCAUUAACAAGCACGACGUGGUAAGUGGCGGCCAGCGGGGCAACGCCCGGGGCCGUGCUGGCCGUGGUGGUGGCCGUGGUGGUGGUGGUCGUGGCAGCUGGAAACCACCACCGGCCUGGGCCGUUUCGCACACCACACACCACAGUACCACGCAGCAGCGGACCGAGUACCUGCGGAUGUACAGCCAGGAUGCCGUUCAGCAGCAGCCGAACCGGAAGCGGGUUCCGUGGGCCGACUGUACGCAAACGGGCAGCGUCUGCAAGGAGUACACGGCCCCGUACAAGGCGAACGACGACCGAGGCUACCUGAUGAAGCAUCCGACCAACUGCCUCGCGAAGCCCCAGCAACGACGGUGACCCCCCCUUCCGAAUUGGU